CCAUCCUUUCAUCCUUCAAUACCACAAGUUUUUGUUGAGUGAAUUUUUUUUUAGCUAUUCGGUGGGAUAAAGCAGCGUGUCUCCGCUUCGAUUGGUCGCCGGUUAAAGUUUUCUGGGUGAUGAUGGAGAAUCGAGUGGUGUGAAGUUUGAUUAGGAAUUGAAGACAGCUUUACCUUCUUCAAAGACACCUUUUUACAAAUUUCCACAGCAUCCUUCGAUGCCUCUUACUCUUUUUCAUGGCGGGAAAAUGGCAUGCUGUUCCACGGCGCUUUGUAUAUAGAGGAAGAGGUAUACUGUGAAGUUAUAGGUCAUCAAUUCAGUUGCUCCAUCAAAGGUCAUCAAUUCCGUUGCUCCAUCAAAGAAAACGAUUUGUUUUAAGAAAAGGUACAUUCCUUCACAAGCAAUUCAUCUAACUAUUUUGGGAUGAUAUUUCAGGAAGGAGCCUAUUGAUCGCUUAAUGGAAGUAUGCUUUCUAAGAUGGAAAAGGGUGUUGUAUAAUUUUUUGUGAGAACAUGAUUAAUCAAUUUAAAAAUGAAACCUAUAUCAUUCGGACUUCCUUCAAAUCAUGAGUGUAAAACUUUUUCGGAAAAUAAUGCAAAUAGAGUUUCAUGGAUUCUACCUUACUCUUAGUACGUAGUAGUUUAUGAGCCCGUUUGGUAGCACCAAAAUCGGCUGUUUUGGCUGAUUCUGCUGAAAUUUAUGAUAUUCUGGCUGGAGUGGCUGUUUUGGCUGAUUCUGCUGAUUUAAGAAAAAAAUAUUUUAAAAAUAUAUUUUAUUAAUAAAUUAAAGAAAAAAUUAUAUGUAAAAAUAGCUAAAAUGGUCCUCUACAGUAACUUCAGCCAAUACAGCCAGAAAAGUAACUCCAACCUUACUUUUUCGGCUUAUUACACAAUUCAGCGCGCGAAAGUAAAAGUUACGUGUUUGGUGAAAAAGUUGGCUGAUAAGCCUGAUAAGCCGAAAACAGAGUUCUCCAAACGGGCUCAUAUCUACUUUUAGGAUACACAAAAACUAACGUAUCACAAACUAGGAUGAUUUUCAAACAUUUAACUUUCAGAAAUUUAUAGUAGAAACAAUCGGUAUUUAAUGGUAUUUCAAUGAGAAUGGUAAGACUUUAAAACUUAGGGGACGUGGAGUGCCAUAUCACAAACACAACAUUCAUCACAUUUUUUAAAGGUGACAACUCCGUUAUCCAUUUAAAAAAUUGGAUACCGUACCUAUCAUUCACUUGACAAGACCACAUCAUUAUAUCAUUUUUAUUUAGAUUUAAAUAAUACAACUGAAACAUCCUUAUUGUUCUAUAUAGACAAAGGUAUGCUUAUGAUAUCUUAUGGGUACCAUAGAAUCUAUUUUUUUUAAAUACAUCACAUCAUAAAUUUAUUGAUUUGAAAUGUAUUAAUUUUGCAACUUGAGCCACUUACACACCAUACAUAGACUGAUUCAAGUUGUGCAUUAGAGGCCUAGAUUUUAGAUUUUACUCGCAUGAUUUUCAUUAUAUGAUGUUAAAACUUGAAUUCUAUUGUGAAUUACUAACCAACUUUAAAGGAGUAAACCUUGAUAGACCUUUAUAUGUGUGUUUAUGUUUUAGCAGUUUGCCCAUAUGAUCUUUAGCAGUUGUUUUUUUAUCGGGGCAGUUUGUUGGUUAAUUAAAAUCGUGUGGGGAACUAUUCGAUGGGUAUAUAUUUUCCUCAAAAUAGGGCAAUGCUUUUGCUUUAAGACCAAGUGGAGUGUGCUCUUUUGAACCUAGACCUAAGGCUCACACAUUAUUUCAUUAGUGGUAUUGGAUGAUGAGGUACUUGUGUCUAUGUUCAGGAACCGGUUUCUGUGGCACUAAAGUUAGGUGGGUCUUAACUUGAUAUUAAGUUUUAAGUAUUUACUAAGGUUAGGUAGGUUUUAAGUUCAUUUAUCAUUCUAUACGAAGCGUCCUUUCCAAGUUUAGUGUAAACAUAUGUAAAGUGCACGUAUUCCAAAUAGUUUUCAUAUUCCCUUCAUCCCUUCUGCCCUUCACCCAUGCAAUUUCCUAACUUCCUCCACUAAUUUUUGUCAUUCUCCAUUGGUCUGAUGCCUCAGUCGCCUCACUCAUGAAAAUCAAGCAUGAAUAACUAUGAGUUCAAUUAAGAAAUAACUAAACUCAUUUCUUGAACCCUUCUCUUAAAUCAAUCUUUCAAUGAGUGAAGCAUCAGAUGUGUAAGGGACAUCUUCUACCUCUUCGUGACCAAUACUAGUAUCUUGGAAGCCUGUGAUUGAAAACUAUGUCUCUUUUUCAAUCGGGAGCAAGACAGGUGAUAUUUCAAAUCGUGGCAUAAAAUGGAUUCAGAAGGUCAAGAAUAAGUAAUUCCCUGAAAAAAGGGAAUUACUAGAAGCCUUAAAUCGUUUACAUAAACGUGUUAAUGGUGGUCAUGGGGAAUCUAAGUGAUCCAAACAGUAUUGUUGUAUGGGGAAGACAUAUAAAACUCACCGGAAUAGAGAAAGAUUUUCAAGACCUUGGACAUCUGCUCUAUGACAACAAUCAAACAUACCACUCCGGACUAACGAGCAUCGUCACUCUUUUUCUUAGUGAAAGUUCUGGGUAAGUCUUAUUUAAGUGUAAUUAUGUUGUACAAGUGUAUAACUUAACAUAAAUUUUCAACUACCACUUAAUUAUAUAUAGGAAUAAAUAUUACAAGUACUACGUAUAUGGUAACACUUGUGGAAAAAGUGUUGUAAAUUUGUACAUGGUAAUUUUUACAUGGUAUUUUUUUGGUAACACUUGUGAAGUUUUGUAAAUUUAGUGCUUGUAAAGUUUAUGCCGUUGGGGGUCUUUAGUCAAAUCAGCUUACAAACUUUCCUUUUACAACAUUACCCCACAAACUUGCAUAACCUACCCACGUUUGUGUAAAAUUGCCCUUUAUUUUUUCAUAAAAAUAGCUCCGCACGUGAUGGGUUUUGAUUAUGUACAAAUUGUCCUCUAUACAAACCGAUCAUUUUUUUUUUUUGAGUAUUUACAAACUGAUCCUCUUAAAUUUAUUUUGUUAUUUUCUUAAGCAAUCAUGAUUUUGCUGACUGUUAUUCCGCAUUGCUGACCUUGAAAUGAUAAAAUGACUUAUAAUUCAUCAUUACUGAUCACAGAGCCUUACCAAUAAACCAAGGUUACAAAUACUCCUUAUAUUUGAUGUAUUACUCUCAAGUAUCUUCAACUCCAUUAUUUGAUUUGUUUAUCAUCAUCUAUACUAAAUAGGAGUAGUAAAUAGUCUAAUUAAAACUGUCAUUUUGUUAUCUCGCCCAUGUUAGCACAAUAGAUCUUUUAUUAUAAAAAAAGCUACGAGUACGAUAGACCUUAGAAAAAACUAGGGGUGAGAUCUGUCCGGUGUGGGUCGGGUUUUUGCUAAACCCGGAAAUUACCUGGAAGGUCUCGGGUUAUGAAAAUUAGGGACCGGAACAAAGUCCGUCAUAUUCGGUCCGAGUCGGGUUUUUGGUAGCCCGGGUUCGGUCCGGGUUUGGAUUGGGCCGGUUAAAGCCCGAACGUGAACUAUCUCAUUGUUCUUUUAUAUCUUAACACAUAUUUUCAAAUAAAAUUAAUGAAAAAUACAAACCACAAAUAGUAACACAAAUAUUAAUCUUCAAAAUCACCAACAUUCAAAUCCAAAGAUAAUUAUCUUAAUAUUUUAUUUAAGAUGCAUAUAAAUAAAUAAUAUAGGUUUCUUAACAAUAUUUUGAAAUAAAAUUUAUAGAUAAAAAUGUGAAUAGAGUUCCUAUAAAUCUAUUUUUCAUGGUCAUUAUGCUAAACAAAUUGAACUUAUUUGUAGUCAGUAAAGUUACUAAAUGAUUUUUUUUAUCCACCGUGAUUAUAAUCAUAUAUUAGGAAAUAUUUAUAAAUUUAUACUCAUAUAUUAUAUUAAUUUUAUAUUAAAGCUAAUUGUUUCGGGUUUUUCCGGUCUGGGCCGGGUUAUAGAUUUUAAGGCCCGUUAAUGAGCCCGAAAUUUCGGGUUCGGUCCGGGUAUUUUUAAUUCGGUCCGGUUAAAAAGAAAAAACCCGGACCGGGGUCAUAAUUCGGGUCGGUCUAGGGUCGGUUUCCGGGUUUCGGUUCGGGUUUUCCCACCCCUAGAAAAAACAUCAUAUUUUGAAAAGGCAAAUUGUAUCAAAAUAUCACGUGUUCUCUUCUAACCAAGAUAGAACUCAUAUUUUAGCAUAAUAUAUAUGCUACUCCUUCCGUCUCAUUUUACCUGUCUUACUUUCUUUUUUGAGUUGUCCCAAAAUAAGUGUCAUAAAAAAAAUUGGAGUUUUUUUAUAAGAAGGUGUAGUUUUGGAACUUAUUUCCCAAACUAGGGUAGUUUCAAACUUAUUUCCCAAAUCAGGGCAAUUUUUGUCAUGUCAUUUAAUUAUGAUUACGGUUGCCAUGUCAGCCUGUCCACUUCAUUCAACCAUUUCCGAUUAGGUGACAACUCUGGUACCCAUUUAUAAAAUGGGGGUACCGUACCUAGGGGUGGUCACGGGGCGGGUGGCCCAACCCAGAACCGGCCCGAACCGGCAUUGUUCCGGCCCGGCCCUGCCCGGUGGCCCGGUCAGUGAUCGGUCCGGGUAGGCUUGACCCGCUGGGGUUCCGGUCCGGGCUCGGGCUCCCUAAAUCACGAACCGGCUUGGCUGGUUCGGGCCCGGUUCCGAUUCGUUUUAAUUUUAAUUUUUUUUCAUUUUUUUUUGUUUUCGGGUUGGGCUGGGUAUUUUGGGUCAUUUGGGGUGGUUUGGGGGUGAGGGGGUUGGGGGUUAACUAUGAAAAGGGGGAAAAAAAUAACUAAGGCCUAGCCCGGGCCGGACUCAGGGAGUACCCGGGCCGGUUCCGGGGCUCCCAUUCUUGAACUGCCGGCCCGGGCCCGAACCGGCCCGAGUCCACCCCUAACCGUACCUACCAUGCAUUUGAUUGGUCCAAGUCAUGAUGUCCUUUUUUAUUUAGAUUUAAAUAAUUCAACUGCAACACUCUUAUUGGUCCAUGUGGACAAAUAUAUGGUACCUUAAGGGUACCAUAGGGCAAAUUCUACCGUGCAACCGGCAUAUCUUGCGCAUGGUAUGCCGGUAUUAAUACAGUGCCAUUUUUUAUACUUCCCCUGCCUCGUUUUUUUCUUCUUUCUCAUUGAUUACUUUUAAUUUUCUUUAUCAAAAGCCUUCAUGCUCUCUAUUUUCUCAUCUACACUCACACACUCCAAUCAUCGUUCCACCAUCAUUUUUUUCAUUCUAUGUUUAUUUUAAUUUUUUUAUUAUCAAAAGCAAUCAUGUUAAUAAUUUUUUUUUUUAAUUUAGGAACAAUGAUGUAUGUAUUACAAUUUUGAGAUUAAAUUUUCAUCCUUUCAAAAGAAAUUAAUUAUGUUUUUUUUCUGUCUUAGUCCUUAUAUAUACACUUUUUUCUUUUCUUAUUUGCUUCAACUUAACUUACAAUAAAAAAUUAAUUUUUUUCUUCAAAAUAAAUAGUUUUAUAUUUUAUACAUUUGUGUGAUUUAUAUUUCAACAUGUGUGACUUGUGUUUAUAGACAAUUUCUGGAAUUACAUUUGAUAAUAUAUAAAGGUACAUCUUCUUAUGCGCGAGUUACAUCUGUUUAUACGUGAGUUACAUUUUAAUGUACUCGAAUUACAUCAUGAAAUAAACCUUGCUAAUGAUCAAAAAAUGAUUUUUUAACUAUAUCAUUUUUAUGAUAAAAAAACAAUAUCAUUUUUGUAACCCUAAUAUUAAAAAACAUAUUCACUAUUUACAAAAAGUAAUUGGGCAAAUUAAAUAGGAUCAAUUUGUAAUUGUUUACAUUGAAAUCAAUGUUGAUAAUAUACAUAAGUUUUCUUUUCUUUUCUUAUAUGUAUUUAUGUAUAUAUAAGAUGUUUACAUUUCAACUUUUCUAGAAUUACAUUCUAAUGUACACAAGUUGCAUCUUAAUGUACGCGAGUUACACCACUAAAUAAACCAUGCUAAUGAUAAAAAAAUAUUUUUAACUAAAUCAAUUUUUAUAGCCUUAAUGUUAAAAAUUCAAAACAUAUUCACUAUUUAUAAAAAGUAAUUGGGAAAUUAGGAUCAAUUUUUCAUUGUUUACAUUGAAAUCAAUGUUUUCUCCACUUACAUUCCGUUUUUAACAACUUACAUAUCAACUUGACUUAAGUUACAUUUCCUAUCAACGUGAGUUACAUUUUUGUGAACGGGAGUUACAUCGUCCUGCUACUAAAACACAAAAAAAAAGUUACUGUUCAUCCGUGUUUUACCCCUGGGAGCAUGAUGCUCAUUGUGCGCAGGUACCACGAUAUACGAAUUGGUACCAUAGAAUCUACCUUCCGAUUAUCACUGCGGUUGCUAUUCAGCCAUUUCCGUGUCAUCCAUACAAAAACAAAAAGUUAUGUACACCCAGGAUUCGAACCUGGGCUGAAGAAGGAUGGACGUGCUUCACAUAGGGGUUCAACCACAAGGCUACACCUUUCACUUCCCUAAAAUCACUUUUUCUAAUAUUUAAAUACAAUGUUUGUAUAAUAAAAAACAUAAUUUUUUUAACGCUAAUAACAAGCAUAAUUAAAAACUUAAUUUGCACUAGAAUUAGAUAAAUUCUAAUUAAAAACUUUAUUAGAGAAAUUAAAUUAAAAAUUAAAUAAAAAUUCAAAUAUAAAACUUAAUUUGUGAUAUUUAAUUAAAAAAUUUAAACGUAAUUGAACUUAUGUAAAAACAUAAUUUGAAAUAUGUAAUUAAAAAAAUUGAAUUAACACGAAAAUACUAAAUUAAAUAAGUAAAUUUAAUUCUAGUGCCUAGUAAAUUUAAUUCUAGUAAAUUUAAACGGAAUUAACACUAAUAUAAAUUUUUUAUAUAUUUUUAAUGUAAACUAUCAUAUACUUUGGUGGUAAUAAUUUUUUUCUAAAUAAAAUCCUUUCUACGGAGGAGUAAAUUUUAAAAAUUAAUUAAAAUAAUAAAAUUGAGAUAAUUAAAAAAUAAAGACCUAAUUAAACUUUAUAAUAACAAAAUGUCAUGAGAGAGGGAGUAUAUUAUAUUUUACAAUAAAAGUAUAUAAUUUUUUUAAAUUAGGAUGGUCUAGGGACUAGAAUUAAAUUUAAUGUUAAUCAAUUAAAUUGAGUUUUUUCCCGUAUUAAUGUUAAUUAAUUAAAUAAUUACAAAAAUAGGGCUGAGUUAAAAGUAUUUAUCAAUAUACUGUUGGGUUAACCAUGGUCGGGGUAAGUCGCCCAACUGUUGGGCGACUUAUAAGUCGCCAUCCGGUUUGGCGACUUAUAAGUCGUCCAACCGUUGGACGACUUACCUAUUGAAUAGGCAGUCGGGCUGGGUCUGCGAGAUGGAACGUGUUUUAUUCCCCCAAACCCCCAAACCCCCAAACCCACCGCAGUGACGAACGAAAGGCGGACGAUCGAACCCAUCUCCGGCGAAGCUCCAUCUCCAACUCCGGCGAAGCUCCUGUUGGAAAAAUGUGUGAAAAAUUGCAUUAAAUGGCUAUUUUGGGGCAAUUUUUUGAGUGGGGUACACUUCCGACUUGGGUCGGGUCAAAGUGGUUUCGGAUUGUCCUUGUUAAGGGCUACAAUUCGAUAUAUGGUACACUCAAAACGGAUAACGGGUGAAUGAGAAAUCGCUUUUCGAAGUUUACCCGUUAGAAGGGAAAAACUGGGAAAAAGGAUGGGUUUCUAGUGUUAAUUUCCCACACCGGAAAACCCAAGGGAUUUGCAACCCUUUAUAAAGGGAUUCCCCCCUUAAGGAGUUAAGAUUCCUUAGGGUAGAGGCUCUCUCCACGCGCGCAGGGGGGGGGGGUGCAAAUCAAAUCCCGAAAUCGGAGAAGAAAAACCGCGACUUGCGUGCGCGGGCGACCUGCGGACACGAAUGUCGUCCAAAAAUCUAUCUCUCAUGAGAUACGAUUAAUUUUUGUUUUCUUCCCGAAACGUUUAAUUUUUUCCCAGCGGCAGAAGUGCUCGGAUCAGAACACCUCGAUGGUCUUCUGAUGGCAGAACCACUCUCGUUGGUAUUCUGAUGGCCAUCAGAGUUGGGGGUACUCUGAUGGCCUCGGAUCAGAGUUGGCCUCCCGGGGAGUUCUGAUGGAGGUCUUCUCUCGCACUUCUGAAACGUUACAACAAUUAAUGCCCAACGUUCUUAUCUUUUAAUGCAGCGUUAAAUGGACAGUUCAUGGACGAUUCAAUGCCCAACGGACUGGUCAUUGAUGUCCAACGUUCAGGUCCAUUAAUUCACUAUUUUCAUACAACAAAUCCUCCUAUAUAAUGGCUGGCAGGUGGUUUGCAACAACACACGUUCUUACACGAUUUUACACGAAUCCAUACACGUUUUAGCUCUAAAAACACACUGCUAGCAUUCUGAAAAAUUCCUGAGUGUUCAGACUUGUUCUCGUUCGUUGGAACUCUUGUUUGUGUGCUCAAACAUUAGUUCGUUGUCAUCGUAUCCUGGGAAACUAUUGUUGCAACGCUCCUAGCACCGUGGGAGGCAACAAAUACGUUUUAAGGACAUCGUGCGUAGCACGAGCUUUGACAAAUUUCUGCUCCAUCUCAUUUCUGUUUUCUUUUGUCAUUUUAUUUAAUUAAUUUCUUUUAAUUAAUUUUCUUUAUUUUCCGAAACACACCCAACAAUCUUAAAACGUAUCUGUUGCUAUUUGGAGAUUGUUAUACCGAGGUAUACAAUCUUAAAACGUAUUUGCGGAUUGUUAUACUGCGGUAUACAAUCUUAAACUGUAGUUUGUCACUUUGGUGAACGAACUUGUUUUUUUUGUGUUUUCGGAAAAAACGUUAAGAAAAUAAAAAUGGCUUCUCAAGAAAACCAGAAUGUUGGUGGGCAGAACGUGCCGAACGAUAAUCAUUCUGAAAGCGGAGCUCCGGUGAACAAUAGUUUACAACGCGGUGCAUCUGCUUUGGGCAACCAAGGGGCAAUCCCUAUGGUUACCGUGCCAAGCAACUCUGUGGAGAAACCCGAGAAAUUCAAUGGGUUAAACUUCAAGAGGUGGCAGCAAAAGAUGCUAUUUUAUCUCACUACUCUCGGUCUUGCACGUUUCUUGACCGAGGACGCGCCGGUUGUAACCGGGAGUGAGGUAGAUGUGCAAUCUCUCAACGCGGUUGAGGCUUGGAAGCAUUCUGACUUCCUUUGCCGAAACUAUGUGUUGAACGGGCUGCACGAUGCUUUGUACGACGUUUAUAGCAAAUUAGCUACGGCUAAGGAGCUAUGGAAUGCUUUGGACCACAAGUAUAAAAGCGAGGAUGCCGGCGCAAAGAAAUUUGUUGUUGGUCGAUUCCUUGAUUUUAAAAUGGUGGAUCCGAAGACGGUUGUGAAUCAAGUUGAGAAGAUUAAAAUGAUCUUCCACGAGAUUCAAAAGGAGGAGGAAAUGAUCCUCUCGGCCGUGGUGACCGAGGUCAACCUCGUUGGAUCCAAUUCCAAUGAAUGGUUCGUGGACACCGGUGCUACCCGGCAUAUUUGCUCAAACCGGGAGCUAUUCACGACCUUUGAACCAUCAAAUGGUGAGAAGGUGUGGAUGGGAAACUCAGCCCAUUCCGCGGUGGAAGGCGUGGGCAAGGUGGUCCUGAAGAUGACUUCGGGCAAGGAGCUGACUCUAAACCAAGUGCUGUUCGUUCCGGAGAUACGCAAAAACCUGAUUUCCGGUUCGUUGUUGAACAAGCAUGGAUUCCGCAUGGUUUUUGAGUCGGACAAAUUAGUUUUGUCCAAGUCGGGAAUGUAUGUGGGCAAAGGGUAUGCAUGUGAUGGGCUGUUUAAGCUCAAUGUAAUGACUAUUAUUAAUAAUAAUAAUAAAAUCCCUUCUGCUUACUUGCUUGAGUCUUCCAAUGUGUGGCAUGGUAGACUAGGACAUGUUAAUUUUAAUUCUAUACGUAGAUUAAUUAACAUGGAGCACAUUCCUAAAUUCACAAUUGAUGUGAAGCACAAAUGUGAUGUUUGUGUUGAGGCAAAACUAACGAAAACGUCUUUCAAAUCGGUUGAAAGAAAAACGGAACCACUAGAAUUAAUUCAUAGUGACGUUUGUGAUUUUAAAUCAAUACAAACACAUGGCGGUAAUAAAUAUUUUAUUACUUUUAUCGAUGAUAGCACUCGCUAUAGCUAUGUUUAUUUGUUGAAAAAUAAACACGAAGCAAUCGAUAAAUUCAUUCUUUAUAAGAAUGAAGUGGAAAACCAACUUAAUCGACGGAUUAAAACGGUUAGGAGUGAUCGAGGUGGUGAGUAUGAAGCACCAAUUGGUGACUUUUGCGCUAGUGUGGGUAUAGUACAUGAACGUACCGCACCCUAUUCACCUCAAUCAAACGGUGUUGCCGAACGAAAGAAUCGCACAUUGAAAGAUAUGAUGAAUGCGAUGCUAGUAAGUUCGGGCCUGUCACAAAAUAUGUGGGGCGAAGCAAUCUUGACAAGCAAUUACCUUUUAAAUAAGGUUCCCCGGAAAAAAUAUGAUAAAACUCCAUACGAGUUGUGGAAAGGCAAACGGCCUUCCUAUCAAUAUUUAAAAGUGUGGGGGUGUCUUGCUAAGGUGCUUGUACCAACACCUAAGAAGGGAAAAAGGAUGGGUUUCUAGUGUUAAUUUCCCACACCGGAAAACCCAAGGGAUUUGCAACCCUUUAUAAAGGGAUUCCCCCCUUAAGGAGUUAAGAUUCCUUAGGGUAGAGGCUCUCUCCACGCGCGCAGGGGGGGGGUGCAAAUCAAAUCCCGAAAUCGGAGAAGAAAAACCGCGACUUGCGUGCGCGGGCGACCUGCGGACACGAAUGUCGUCCAAAAAUCUAUCUCUCAUGAGAUACGAUUAAUUUUUGUUUUCUUCCCGAAACGUUUAAUUUUUUCCCAGCGGCAGAAGUGCUCGGAUCAGAACACCUCGAUGGUCUUCUGAUGGCAGAACCACUCUCGUUGGUAUUCUGAUGGCCAUCAGAGUUGGGGGUACUCUGAUGGCCGCCCAUCAGAGUUGGGGGUACUCUGAUGGCCGCGGAUCAGAGUUGGCCUCGGAUCAGAGUUGGCCUCCCGGGGAGUUCUGAUGGAGGUCUUCUCUCGCACUUCUGAAACGUUACAACAAUUAAUGCCCAACGUUCUUAUCUUUUAAUGCAGCGUUAAAUGGACAGUUCAUGGACGAUUCAAUGCCCAACGGACUGGUCAUUGAUGUCCAACGUUCAGGUCCAUUAAUUCACUAUUUUCAUACAACAAAUCCUCCUAUAUAAUGGCUGGCAGGUGGUUUGCAACAACACACGUUCUUACACGAUUUUACACGAAUCCAUACACGUUUUAGCUCUAAAAACACACUGCUAGCAUUCUGAAAAAUUCCUGAGUGUUCAGACUUGUUCUCGUUCGUUGGAACUCUUGUUUGUGUGCUCAAACAUUAGUUCGUUGUCAUCGUAUCCUGGGAAACUAUUGUUGCAACGCUCCUAGCACCGUGGGAGGCAACAAAUACGUUUUAAGGACAUCGUGCGUAGCACGAGCUUUGACAAAUUUCUGCUCCAUCUCAUUUCUGUUUUCUUUUGUCAUUUUAUUUAAUUAAUUUCUUUUAAUUAAUUUUCUUUAUUUUCCGAAACACACCCAACAGCUCCAUCUCUGGCGAAGUCAUCUACCCAAGGUCUCUCCACCUCCAUCUUCUUCAACACUCUUUCUUCUAGCGAAAUCAAACUCCAUUUUAUCUCAUUUUGAAGUUAGGGUUUUGAAAGUUAAAAUUUUCGAAUUUUUAGAUUAUGAAUUGAUUUGUGAAUUAAUGUGUUGUGAAAUGUGGAUAUGUAUGAAAAGUUGAAAUUUGAUAUUAAAUUGAUUGUAAAUUUUAAUGUAUAUUUUGACAUUUGGGUGGAUUUGAAUGUAGCUAAAUUUGGGUAUUGAAAUACAGACUAGAAUGUAGAUAUCAAAAUUUGGGUAUUUUGAUAUUGAAAUGUGAAUUGAUUGUGCAUUUUGACAUUUGGGUAUAUUAGAAUGUAGCUAGUUUUUUUUUUAAUUGAAAAACUUAAUGUGUAUAAACUGGGUAUAUUGAUGUGUAAUCAUGAAAGUUUAACAUGUAUUGUUAUUAGAAUAUGGAUUUCUCCAACUUCCCAAUCGUGUGUUAUUGAGGAGGAAAGUAUUAUGAGGAUGCUGGGCAAAUAUGCCAUGAAGGUGGUAAAUCAGCCAUUUGAAAGUAGUUUUUGGGCCGAUCCAUAAAAGAGGUUGCUAAAAAGUGGGCAGCCCAAUUUGCUUCCCUCAAGAUAGCAAAAUAGGAAAACGUUCUGCUCUCAAACAGAUCCAACAAAUCGUUGACCUCACCGCUCCAUCGUCCUCUUCCCCUACGAUGCAGAUGCUCCAGAGCUUCCCUAGAAUCCAUUUCAACCUGGAAAUCCGUAAAACCAGCAUCAAUCGCCCAAGAAGUCGCAUGUAUGACAGCAAGCAACUCAGCUUCAAAAGCGGAAGACGCUGAAAUCGGGAAUGAAAUUGCCAUGACCAACCUGCCUUCACUGAUCCUCAAGAUAGCACCUCCGGCAACUUUCUGAGGUGAGAAACUCGCAUCAACAUUGAGCUUAUAAGAUCUUUUAGGUUUCCUCCAUAAAAUAGCUUUAAACGUAGGUCGGGGUAGACGAAAAUUCCUAGGGACCAGAUGCUCUUCAUACAGAAUCGCCCCAACUUGGGUAAUCUUGCUAGUUGAGAAACUAAAUACCCAAUUCUGAGAAAAAAUCUUAAUUUGAGAAAUAAGAGAGUCAACUUUAGGAGAUAUGCCAUCCGAGCCUCAUACCAAACCAGUAUAGGAUUUCCAGAUCUCCCAGCAAAUUAUACCUGGUAAACAGUGUUUAUCUGCCAGCAAAUAAACAGUGUUUAUUUGGUAAACCCUAUAUUUGGUUUAUCUUCCUUAUCAUUAAUGUUUUAUCGAACAAGAAAUACUCAUUGUUGCACGUUAAAUUGUUUAAUAAUGACAUAUGUUUUAUCAUCAAGUAAGAUCGAUAUUGCAUUUCUGACUGAAUCGGCUAAAAUUGCUCGUUAUGUUAAGAGGGUAAAUGUUGAGGUUAAUCCAACACGAUAUAGUAAAUAUAUAUAUAAAUGUGUAUGAUUAAGCUCAGUUUUUACGUGGAAACCCGAAAGGGAGAAAACCACGGGACUUUUUAGGCUAAUGUUCAAGCCCUCUUUUUCUCAUUAAACUCUCCUCACCAUUACAUAGUACAUUUUGAGCUCCCAUUAAUGGAGUCUUGUAAGCUAUUCUAGGGAGAAGAAGAAGCAUGGGGAAGAAGGAAAAAAGGAUCCUAAUAUGGAGGGAAACUCCCAUAUUUAUAGAGAAAGGGGAUGGGGAAAUAAUCCACCCUAAUGGGCCGCAUGGGCCGGAAUGGGCCCAAAUGGCUAAAGUGGGCCAGAAUGGGCCGAAAUGGACCUAGCUGCUCGGGCUCCGUACUGAGUAAUGUCUUGGGCUCCUGAACAGUAAUAGGCCGGGAUAAUAUAUCCCAACACAAGUCCCCCAGUUUCUUGAGUAGUGAGCGUGCGAAUCUGCUCGAGAAAUUAUACUCUUGUCUGCGCUCUUCCUCUGUCUUCCUGGAAACUGUGUCUUCGAAUAAUCAUAAUAUAUGAGUGGGUGUCUGCCCCUCUGAAUAUAACCUGCCGGUAAGGCGCUCCCCUCCCGAUGGGGUCGGGCAAUGGUUGCUCUUCCCCGGACACUCUCCCCCUAAAUGUAUCAGGUGGGAGUAGAGGACUCUUACUCGAGCUUUCCAAUGGAGAAGCUUAUAGGUCCCUGCACAAUAUAAGCUGACGACGCGGAACUGACAAUACCUGAUGUAUGUGUGUAUGUAUGAAUGUAUGAGGUAUGAUGCAUGAAUGUAUGUAUGCAUGUAAUGUAUGAGUGCAAUGUAAGAUGUGGCAUAAAGUGGUAGAUCUCAUCGAUAAACUGUACACGACGCCACCGAGGGGCCGAUCGUGCUACAUAAGAAGGGUCCCCCAUCCGGUACGGCAUGGGCAGAGCUGAAGAUGAACUAGACACGAUGCCGCCGAGGGGCCAAUCGUGCUACAUAAGACGGAUCCCCCAUCCAGUACGGCAUGGGCGGUGCCGAAGAUGAACUAGACACGAUGCCGCUGAGGGGCGAAUCGUGCUGCAUAAGACGGUCGUCGCCAUUCUGGAGGGAAUGGGCGAGCCGAGGAUGGAUUAGACAUGAUGCCACCGGGGGGCCAAUCAUGCUGCAUAAGAGACGUUCAUCGCCAUCCUGGAAGAGAUGCGCGAUUUGAACGUGGAAACGACACGACGGCGCUGAGGGGCCGAUCGUGUUGCAUAAGACGGGGCCCCCAUCCUAGAAGGUAUGGGCGGUGCCGAAGAUGAACUAGACACGAUGCCGCCGAGGGGCCAAUCGUGCUGCAUAAGACGGUCGUCGCCAUUCUUGAGGGAUGGGUGAGCCAAACAUGAGCCAGACACGAUGGCGCUGAGAGGCUGAUCGUGCUGCAUAAAGACGUUCGUCGCCAUCCUAGAAGGGAUGGGCGAGUCGAACACGAGCCAGGCACGAUGGCGCUGAGGGGCCGAUCGUGCUGCAAAAGACGUCCGUCGCCACUAGAAGGUAUGAGCGAGCUGAACAAGAACUAGACACGAUGGCACUGAGGGGCCGAUCGUGCUGCAUAAGACGUUCGUCGCCACCCUGGAGGGUAUGAGCGAGCUGAACAAGGACUAGACACGAUGGCGCUGAGGGGCCGAUCGUACUGCAUAAGAUGUUUGUUGCCACCCUGGAAGGUAUGAGCGAGCUGAACAAGGACUAGACACGAUGGCACUGAGGGGCCGAUCGUGCUGCAUAAGACAUUCGUCGCCACCCUGGAAGGUAUGAGCGAGCUGAACCGUAAAUCCCGGUGUUGUCCUUCCUGUCUCAUAUGGGCAGCUGAUCUUCGUUCAUCUACCGUAUCCGUGGUCCUAUGUACGGACCGCUAAGCGGUGUACACUCGGCACGCAACAGACUCCGGUAAAGAACUGGUCCCUCCAGUCUGAUCUGGGGAGCUGGUCUUCGUUCGUCUACCGUAUCAGUGGUCCUAUGUACGGACCGCUAAGCGGUGUACACUCGGCACGCAACAGACUCCGGUAAAGAAUUGGUCCCUCCUGUCUGAUCUGAAGAGCUAGUCUUUGUUCGUCUACCGUAUCCGUGGUCCUAUGUACGGACCGCUAAGCGGUGUACACUCAGCACACAACAGACUCCGAUAAAGAACUGGUCCCUCCUGUCUGAUCUGGGGAGCUGGUCUUCGUUCGUCUACUGUAUCUGUGGUCCUAUGUACAGACCGCUAAGCGGUGUACACUCGGCACACAACAGACUCCGAUAAAGAACUGGUCCCUCCUGUCUGAUCUGGGGAGCUGGUCUUCGUUCGUCAACCGUAUCUGUGGUCCUAUGUACGGACCGCUAAGCGGUGUACACUCGGCACACAACAGACUCCGAUAAAGAACUGGUCCCUCCUGUCUGAUCUGGGGAGCUAGUCUUCGUUCGUCUACCGUAUCUGUGGUCCUAUGUACGGACUGCUAAGCGGUGUACACUCGGCACACAAGAGACUCCGAUAAAGAACUGGUUCCUCCUGUCUGAUCUGGGGAGCUGGUCUUCGUUCGUCUACCGUAUCCAUGGUCCUAUGUACGGACCGCUAAGCGGUGUACACUCGGCACACAACAGACUCCGAUAAAGAACUGGUCCCCCCUGUCUGAUCUGGGGAGCUGGUCUUCGUUCGUCUACCGUAUCCGUGGUCCUAUGUACGGACCGCUAAGCGGUGUACACUCGGCACACAACAGACUCCGAUAAAGAACUGGUUUACCCUGCCAGGGUUCCAGUUUUUCGUUCACUACCUAUCUGUGGUCCUACGUACUUCCCGCUAAGCGGAGUACGCUCGGCACGCGACAGGCUCGUGUAAAGAACUGGUUUAUCCUGCUAGGAUUCCCAAGUCUCGGGUUCUAAGCCCGUCCCCCUCUAUCGUUUUUUUAGGGGGGGAAAUACGUUCGUCGGUUCCAAGAAUGAAUACAAGUGAUGUCAAAUCUAAUGGUGGUGGGUUACCGAAACGAAUAUAAUGACGAGGCGAUGUAAUUGUUGGUCAUCAUGCGAAGGCGAUGGUCACCAUCCGGGAGGGGAGUGGUGAGCCCGAUCGCCAACCAAAGAAGGUCGGCAUUGGGAGCCGAUAUACAGGUAAUCAUAAUGUCACUGAGUAGUCGGUCCUGAUAAGAAGAUGACAAUAGUGUCGAGUCAGACCGAAACAUCCGAGCAACGGCUCUCAUCCGCGCAGCGCGGGGAUGAAACCGGUCUUCAAAUAUGAUGGUGGCACCGUACCAGGGGGUCGGUGGUCAUGUAAAAAUGUCGACACUAGGGGCCGAUCAGAGAGGAUCAAACAACGGCCCUCAUCCGCGAGGAGCGGGGAUGAGGCUGGUCUUCAAAAAUGAAAAGCACGCCGAGCCGGGAGGUUGGUCGUGAUAUAUAAUGAUGUCGGCAAUGAGAGGCCGACCUGACAGAAUCAAGCAACGGCCCUCAUCCACGAAGGGCGGGGACGAGGCCGGUCUUCAAAAGAUAAACACGCUGUGCCGAGAGGCCGGUCAUGAUGUAAUGAUGUCGGCAAUGAGAGGCCGACCUGAAAGAAUCAAGAAAUGGUCCUCAUCCGCGCAGCGUGAGGACGAGGUUGGUCUUCAAAAGAUAAACACGCCGUGCCGAGAGGCCGAUCAUGAUGUAAUGCUGUCGGCAAUGAGGGGCCGACCUGAAAAUCAAGCAACAGCUCUCAUUCGCGAGGAGCGGGGACGAGGCCGGUCUUCAAGUAUGAUAAUGGCACCGUACCAGGGGGUCGGUAGCCAUGUAAAAGUAUCGGCCUGGGGGCCGAUCAGAAAGAGCCAAGCAACGGUCCUCAUCCUCGAGGGGCGGGGACGAGGCCGGUCUUCAAAUAUGAUAAUGGCACCGUACCAGGGGGUCGGUAAGCAUGUAAAAGUAUCGGCCUGGGGGCCGAUCAGAAAGAGCCAAGCAACGGUCCUCAUCCGCGAGGGGCGGGGACGAGGCCGGUCUUCAAAUAUGAUAAUGGCACCGUACCAGGGGGUCGGUAGUCAUGUAAAAGUAUCGGCCUGGGGGCCGAUCAGAAAGAGCCAAACAACGGUCCUCAUCCGCGAGGGGCGGGGACGAGGCCGGUCUUCAAACAUGGAAGGCACACCGUGCCGAGAGGCCGGUCGUGACAUAGUGGUGUCGACAAUGAGGGGCCGAUAAAGAGAAUCAAGUAACGGUCCUCAUCCGUGAGGAGCAGGGAUGGGGCUGGUCUUCAAAAGAUAAACAUGACGUGCCGAGAGGCCAGACAUGGUAUGAUAAUGUCGGCAAUGAUGGCCGAUCUGAAAGUCAAGCAACGGUCCUCAUCCGCGCAGCGCGGGGACGAGGUCGGUCUUCAAAAGAUAAAUACGUCGUGCCGAGAGGCCGGUUGUGAUAUAAUGAUGUCGGCAAUGAGAGGCCGACCUAAAAUCAAGCAACGGUCCUCAUCCGCGCAGCGCGGGGACGAGGCCGGUCUUCAAAAGAUAAACACGCCAUGCCGAGAGGCCGGUCGUGAUAUAAUGAUGUCGGCAAUGAGAAGCCGAUCAAGUGUAUCCGUGCAACGGCUCUCAUCUGCGCAGCGCGGGGAUGAUACCGGUCUUCAGGAUGUAAACACGCCGUACUGUGAGGUUGGUCGUGAUGUAAGGAUGGUCUCACGACCCUCGGCCGUAGUGGUCUCCUCAAGGCCACCGGCUCCUGGGGUGGAGAUGCUCGUAUCACGGCUCUCACCAUGAUGGUUUCCUUUCGGCCCUCGGCCUCUGGGUGGAGGUGUUCAGUCUUACGGUUAUCGCCCGCGAUGGUCUACUCCUGGCCCUCGGCCUCUUGGGGAAGUAUGAACGUCUCGCGGCCUUUUUUCUUUAGCCGGUUUGGAACAUCCUUUAGAAUUCGUGCCGAGCGUCAUUUAAUCUUUUGCUCGAGUGCGUCAAGCGACCUUAACUGCAUAACUAACAUGGUAACGGGCCGCUCGGCCUAACAAUAUAUAUAUACACAUAUAGCCAUCUGCGUGGCUUCCUUUUUUUUUUCAACAUCCACGAUUACCGGCCUAAGGGUUAUCGUGACCCUCGGCCCGGCUCAUCGUGUGGGGUUGUUGGACGUAGCAGCUCGCGGCGGGUCCUUUUAGCAGCCUGCCGAACGUCUCAUAGAAAUAACCACUGGUCUGUGAGUUUGAAAACUCAGACCCAAGUUGGUCGCACUGCCCUCAAAAAAACGAGGUUGAGGGCUCUGGUGCCCUCGGGCCCCACAUGCCGCGUUUGGCACAGUCAUUUCGCCUAGUGGCGCAGAUGGUACUAGGGAACGAUCGUCGCUCAGGCACUUGGUGCUGUGCGGACUAAUGCGUAACCCCCAAAUUAAAACACGUUAUCGGGGCAGUGCCCUCUGGAGAUGCUCGGAUCGCUUAAUCAAAGCUGAUCGAGAGUGGGCUAAUCGGGCCCACCAACAAUUAAACAUUCAAUAAAAAAGUUGGCCGAACUAACCAUCACUAGAGCUUAGCUCCACAUUAUUUAAGUCGGGACAUUUUUAUCCCUAAUAAAUGAUAGUGAUGUAACUAGUAAUAGUAAUGAUACUAUCCUACCAAAGGCAAUUCAGAUACGCUCCGUUCGCUAAUUAAAGCCGAUCGGGAGCGGGCCGACGGGCCCACAACAACCAGUCAUUAAAUUUAAAUGACGAUGAAAUUAAUCAUCACCCGAGCAUCGCUCGCACUAUUUCAUUUUGGGAAAAUUUACUCCCUUUUAAAUAAUGGUGAUGAAAAUAAUACUAUCAAUAUUGAUAUUUAGAAUUACUAUUCCAAAUAAAACUUUAAUCAGUAAAUGAGGGAGUUCGUUUGAUACUUAGCUUUUUGUAGUCAAACUCUUCGGCCAGCAGGGAUUGUAGAACUUGGUGAAUUUAGAUUUGAUUCCUCAUUCCCUCCUUAAUUUGGACUUGGUCAACCUUGCUCAAGAGCCAAGGACUUCAAUUAAUUCAGCCACUCCAAGUCUCCCAAGAUGACGUACGUCCAACCAAGAGGGCCUUGCUUUCCUACCGGACUUCCCCAACCUUGACUCGGUCCAACUCCCCAAGAUAUCAACCCUUUUACUUGGCCUGGAUUUCGCGGACGUGGUGCGCUUAGGUCCAAGCAGCAAUAUGCGGAGUAUCCUUUAGAAAAGGCAAGCCGCGUGUGCCGGCCACUUCCGCCGGUGAAGAUGGUGGUUGCAGCAGAGCAAAGACAACCAGAGGGGAUAAUCUUCGAUGGGAAGUCGGCUGAGCUCCGAAGUGCACACCUUCUGAGCCCCAAACCGCCAUUAAUGGCGGAACUCAUCUGGCCCAAGGUUGAGCUGCAGUAGAAGCAGGGGAAAACCGUACUAAUCGGCGAGGUGGAUUUGUCCACUGCAAUGACGUCGGCCAGGUGCUCCGGCUUGAUGAAAAAGCCUCGGCUAGGGUGAUGAAGUUCGGGGCAGUCCGGAGUUCGCAUUCCACCUUCGUCUCAGAGCAUGGUUGCUCCUUCCAAUUAUUUCUGGAUCUCGAUCUGUCCAACAUCUUUUUUUUUUAGUUUUUGUUGAAAUCGGUCCAUUUCGUAUCAAUUUUGCGUAGAACACAUGAAUCUUUUUGGACAGAUUCCCACAGACGGCGCCAGUGUUGAGGUUAAUCCAACAUGAUAUAGUAUAUAUAUAUAUGUAUAUAUAUAUGUAUAUAUGUAUAUGUAUGAUUAAGCUCAGUUUUUACGUGGAAACCCGAAAGGGAGAAAACCACAGGACUUUUUAGGCUAAUGUCCAAAAGGCACCAUUAUAGGGAGUCUUGUAAGCUAUUCUAGGGAGAAGAAGAAGCAUGUGGAAGAAGGAAAAAAGGAUCCUAAUAUGGAGGGAAACUCCCAUAUUUAUAGAGAAAGGGGAUGGGGAAAUAAUCCACCCUAAUGGGCCGCAUGGGCCGCAAUGGACCCAAAUGGCUAAAGUGGGCCAGAAUGGGCCGAAAUGGACCUAGCUGCUCGGGCUACGUACUGAAUAAUGUCUUGGGGUCCUGAACAGUAAUAGACCGGGAUAAUAUAUCCCAACAGUAAAAAAUGUUAAAGAGGGUUUUCCCAAAUGGGGAGGUAAAAAGCACACUAAAUAGACCAGAACUUCAAUAUCUAGUGCACCAUAUUCCAUUAACAAAUGUCUUUGUCGCUAUCACAAAUGCACUAAAGUAUUAAACAUGUCAUAAUAGUGGAUCCUUUUCGACGAUGACUAAUAGCGGAUCCUAGCGGCAACCGUUGGCGAGUCUUGCUGGAGAAGAGGGGCAUGUAGGCCUGGGACCGGUUGACUUCCCAGGUAAAAUAUGUGGAAUCGUUUGAAAAUGAGAAAUAUUACUAAUGGUUCGGUUCUUAUAAAUUAUUUUAUAGAACCGGUAAGGAAUCGAAUAAGGAACCGGUUCGGUUCUUGACGAUUCAGUUCUUGUCAUUUAACGUUCCUAGCCUUUAAAAAAAAUCUUAUAAAUCAAGGUUAAAUUUGUGUCAAAAAGACAUUCAACGCUUGAAAUUACAAUACAAAUAUGUUGAACAUCAUUUCAAACCUCAAAAGUUGAGUUUAAAACAUAAUUACAUAACAAACUGCAAAAUUUAGAAAACAAAACAAAACAAGAUAUUCGCUAAAGAAGCCCAAUAAAACUAUUUAAAAUGAAAAAUAACUACAAAUAGUUAAAUAAAACUAAAAUAGUGAAUGUAAGAUGAAAAUAGAUAGUAAAUAUACAUUAAAAUAUACUCCCUCCAUUCCAAUAUAAAGAGCAAAUUUGCGUUUUCACACAAUUUUUAGGAGAAACGUUGUUUAGCACUGUUUAGACACUGCUUAGACAUUGUUUGACACUGUUUUGCACUGUUUUGUUUGCCAAAAAGGGAAAUGUGCCUUUUAUAUUGGGACGACCCAAAAAGGAAAGCAUGCCUUUUAUAUUGGGACGGAGGGAG